AUGACUACUCGGACAUGUCGUGUUGAGUCGCAACGUUUUGAAAAAGAGGAGACGAUUCACAUUUGGUGUCGAGCGUUGUGCGUUGUUGGACUAAGUCAAGGCAAGCUCCGGUCGAGUUCCGCCUCGUCGGGUGUACGUCGGAUAGGGGACGUGGGGAACGGUUGA